GAACAACAAAUGUCAAUGACUGGUGCAAGCAUGUUUUGGCUUGAUGCUCUUCAUGAUUGUAAACUUGAUCAACCUUUGUCAUUACCAUAUGAUCGAUAUCGUCUCUCAAAUGAACAUCGAACUGGUAGUGGAACAUCGAUUUCUUUUGAUUUUAGUCAAGAUCUCUCACAUGACUUUCUUACUCACGCAUCAUCAACUAAUACAUCACUUGAACACGUCACAUUUGCUAUAUAUUUCAUCUUUCUAUUUAAAUUAACCAAUGGACAAACAAAUCUAUGUGUCGCUAUGAACAUCAAUAAUAAUCGAUAUAGAGAUGAAUUCAAAUCAAUCAUUGGACUGUUUGAGAAUGUCAUUCCAUUACGAUGUCAGUUAGAUCCUCACUGGGGUUUUCAUCAGUUACUUGAACAUGUUCAAGAGAUAACAAUAAAUAGUAUGAAAUACUCAUAUUUUCCACUUCGACAUAUUCUCGAUCAACAUCCCCAUAUUUCAAAACAUGCGUUUCUCGACACAUCUCUGGAAUUUCUAUCAUACAAGAGUAACAAUGACAAUGAUGCCAUUAUGAUUGGUGAUUCUCAAAUGAUCCCAGCAUCUUUCUCAUUCAAUAUUAAUGAAGAUGGGAUACUAAGUGCAUCCGACUUCUCUCUUUCUAUUUAUCAUGAUAUGAAUAUGAAUCAACUAUCAUGCACAAUCAAUGCAUCACUUGACUUAUUCAAUAGAGAGACAGUGGAGAAGAUUUCACAACGAUUUCAUUUCAUCUCAAAUCAAUUAAUCGCAUCAACUAUCGAGAGUCAUUUAAACAAACCAAUCUAUGAGUUAUCAUUAAUAUUAUCAAAUGAACAGUAUCUAAUGCAAUCAAUGAAUAAUACACAAGUAACAUUUUCAUCUCCUCUCACUUGUAUUCAUCAUGAAUUUGUAUAUCAAGUAAUGAAACAUCCACAAAAACUAGCUGUUGAACUUGAUGAACAAUCAUUGACAUAUUGUGAACUUCUGUAUUAUGUUCAAGUGUUAUCUUUAGCUCUUGUUCAUGAAUAUCUUAUCACUCCAGGUGAAAUCAUUUGUCAAUGUGUAGAGCGAAGUCUGUCAAUGGUAAUUGGUAUAAUGGGAAUUGAGAUGGCUGGUGGUGUUUAUUGUCCAUUAUCGCCUCGAGAUCCACAACAUCGUUUGCAUGCACUAGUAGAGCAAACUCAAAGUCGUCUUGUUCUUGUUCAU